UGCGGAAGCAGCAAGAUGGCGGACUGUGACGGCCUGAGUGAAGCAGGGACUGCUGCAGCAUCUCCUCCCGCACCAGCUCCGGGCCUGAGCCCGCCGCUGGGCUGGAGGGAGCGGCUGCGGGCCGGGCUGGCGGGGACUGGGGCCUCGCUGUGGUUCGUGGCGGGGCUGGGUGUGCUUUACGCUCUGAGGGUCCCGCUGAGGCUGUGUGAGAACUUGGCAGCGGUGACAGUAUUUUUAAAUUCCUUGACACCCAAAUUCUAUGUGGCACUUACAGGGACAUCAUCUUUGAUAUCAGGACUAAUAUUUAUAUUUGAAUGGUGGUACUUCCAUAAGCAUGGCACAUCUUUUAUUGAGCAAGUAUCUGUAAGCCAUUUGCGGCCACUGAUGGGAGGAACAGAGAGCAGCAUUUCAGAGCCAGGUUCUUCUUCCAGCAACAGCGAAAGUGAAACCAGCAGACAGAAUUUGUCAGAAUGCAAGGUAUGGAGAAACCCUCUAAACCUUUUCAGAGGAGCAGAAUAUAGGAGAUACACUUGGGUGACUGGUAAAGAGCCACUUACAUACUAUGACAUGAACUUGUCAGCUCAGGACCAUCAGACCUUUUUCACUUGUGACACCGACUUUUUACGCCCUUCAGACACAGUUAUGCAGAAGGCAUGGAGGGAAAGAAAUCCUCCAGCUCGAAUCAAAGCAGCCUAUCAAGCUUUAGAAUUAAACAAUGACUGUGCCACUGCAUACGUUCUACUGGCUGAGGAAGAAGCAACAACUAUUUUAGAUGCUGAGAGGUUAUUUAAACAGGCACUCAAGGCAGGAGAAACAAUUUAUAGGCGGUCACAGCAGUGCCAGCACCAGAGUCCUCAGCAUGAAGCACAACUGAGAAGAGAUACCAAUGUACUAGUAUAUAUUAAAAGAAGAUUGGCAAUGUGUGCAAGAAAAUUAGGAAGAAUAAAAGAAGCAGUAAAAAUAAUGAGAGAUUUGAUGAAAGAAUUUCCUCCUCUUACCAUGUUGAACAUCCAUGAAAAUCUCCUAGAAUCACUUUUAGAACUACAGGCCUAUGCAGAUGUUCAGGCAGUUCUAGCAAAAUAUGAUGAUAUAAGCCUUCCAAAGUCAGCAGCUAUCUGUUAUACAGCAGCACUGUUGAAGACAAGGACUGUUUCAGAUAAAUUCUCUCCAGAAACAGCAUCCAGAAGAGGGUUAAGCACAGCAGAAAUUAACGCCGUGGAAGCAAUUCACAGAGCUGUGGAGUUUAACCCUCAUGUUCCAAAAGUAUACAACUUACUGACAGCAAUUACAUUGACUGGCUGUGCAACACUACUUUACUUACUAGAGAUGAAAAGUCUAAUUUUACCUCCAGAACACAUUCUGAAACGGGGCGAUAGUGAAGCAAUUGCCUAUGCUUUCUUUCAUCUUCAGCACUGGAAGCGAAUAGAGGGUGCUCUUAAUCUGUUACAGUGCACCUGGGAAGGCACUUUUAGAAUGAUUCCCUACCCUUUAGAGAAAGGCCAUCUAUUUUACCCCUACCCUAGCUGCACUGAGACUGCUGAUAGAGAGCUAUUACCUACCUUUCAUCAUGUUUCUGUUUACCCAAAGAAGGAGCUUCCUUUUUUCAUCCAUUUCACAGCAGGACUGUGUUCUUCUACAGCAAUGAUAGCCCUUCUCACACACCAAUUUCCUGAAAUCAUGGGUGUUUUUGCUAAAGCUGUAAGUAUGAUCUCAAGGACUUGUAUAGAAUAUUUGUAAAACACACAAGAAACCAUCUCUGAUCUGUCUGUAGCGUAAACCAGUUAAAUGGUGGGAGAUAUUUGUUAAGUAAAUUACAGGAAUUGUUUUAUAAAGUUGCUGCCAUAAAUGUAUCAAACAUAAGUUUUUGGUAAUUUGAGUUAUACUUCUGUUGCUUAAAAGUUUCAAGAAUACAGUGCUAUAACAUUAUACAUUUGUCUUUGUAGAGGAGUUUUGGUGGUAAACAUAGCACUUGUUACUAGCUAAAGAAUAAUCCAACUCUUUUUACCAUUAAUGUAUUUUCUUUGACUUUCUUUAAAAAGUUCUGUAUUUUAUAAACAAACCUUUUGAUUUUUCCAUUUAAAUCAAAUCAUAACUUCUAAGGAUUUGCAGAACUUUAAAUUCAAGAGUGCACCUAGGAUAGAGAAUAAAUAGGUAAGAUGGUACAUUUGCCCUGGGUAUGGAAUGUGCCUGUUUACUCAAAGGAUUUCCCUGUUAUUAUAUCUGCAUAUUCUUAUUGACUUUCCCCCACCUUGGGUGUAGAACCAUUAUAGACCUUUGCUUUCAUUUUCACUCUUUGGUUUAAACUGCUUCCCCAUUUCCUGACCCAGGAAGUAGUUGAGGACUGAUAUUAGAGAGGGUAUCCCAUGAUUAUUUACUCAUCUACAGAAACUUAUUAAUUAAUGUACACUGGCUCAAAGUAAAAUCACCAAAGAUAAUUCCCUUUUAGUCUUGAAGCCUUUUAAAAAAUGUAUCUUUCUUGCACAUAUUUCCAUUUUUACCAGGUUAAAAUCCACAGAGAAAAAUGCUGAUUUAUUAUAUUUCCAAAUAUAAAAGCACUAAGAUCCAUAGGAAAAAAUAUAGCCCUUACGUGGUAAUGUAUUUUCUAUAUUUUUCUCUAUAUGCCUCCAUUCUAGCUCCCUGCUUCCUCACAAUUCUUUUUCCUGUCUUAAGGCCCACUCACGGGACAAUUUAUUUUGUGCCUUAAAGAUUAGUUCGUUCUUCUGGCAUCAGUGGUAAGAGCACUGGUUUCCCUUUUCCCUGGAGAGCACCUGGAUAAUGUGUUAAGUUGCCACUGGCUGUAGGCCUAAGAGUCUGAGACUGCAGUUGAUUCUGGGGCAAGCUUCUGAAGAAUGACUUUCCACUGUUGUUCAGGGAGUAUAGAUAUUUGGGUUGGGAACUGACUUCUAUUUCCUUUCAGUGUAAAAAAUUUAAUGAUCACACCAUAACUCUGUUGUUUGCAAUGGUGAUGACUGGGGAGUGCACCACAAACUGAAACGUCCUUACUGUGUAAUCUGGCAUGGGGAACAAAUGGGCUAGAAAGGGAAUCUCAUCCAUUUAACAGCUGGAAAAAAAUGUGUAACUAUGUAUUUGAGAUUACAGGGAAACAGUGAAAGAGAUGGUUCUUGGAUUUCUCUCAGGGUAGCAGAAUGGGAACGAGGUGAAAUAAAGCAAAGAGGUCUAGAAUCUGGAAUAGGUUGUAGCAAUCGUUAGUAGUGGAUUUCCAUGAAGUACUGCCUAAAAUUAAUGUGGAGUGUACUCGCUCUGUGCACUAUCCAUCAGUGUUCGUAUAUAGGGCCUGCCUUUGCCUAAGAGAUCAUUAACGACAGCCUUUAACAUUAGAACAGCCUUUAACAUUAGAUAGCACUCUUCUAGCAGAGUCUGAGAAUGAAUAAUACCACAUUUUAAAGUGGAAGCUUCUUUUUUAGAUCAAAGUUAUUAAUUUACUGUCAUUCUAGUUGAUGAAUAAUAAACAGGUAAUUUAUUCACUAUCUUUUGAUAUUUGUAUAGUUGGUGGUGAGCCUGACUGUGAACUUUUACAGCUAUAUUUUAUCUGUGUGGCCUUUACAUGUGCAUUUUAAAUGCCUAAAAGCUAAGUUUUCAUUGAAAGUACCUGCAGACUGAUAAUUGGUGUGCAUCAGUUCCAAGGGUAGGCUCUAUUUAAGAGUUAAUGGAAAGUGAUUAUGGCAUGGGCAGUCUCCAGCUUAUAAACACAAUGUAUAAAUGCCUCUGCAUACAGACAUAUUGACAGCAAGGGAGCUAGAUGCUCAAAUUCUACUUCUUCACCACUUAAAGUGUGGUCUGUGGGCUAGGAGCAUCACCAUCAGCCAGGAGCUUGUUAGAAAUACAGAAUCUCGGGUACCACUCCAGACCUCCUGAAUCAGAAUCUGCAUUUUAACAAGGUUCUCAGAUGAUCCUAUACACACAUUUAAAGCUUGAGAAGCCCUGCUCUCCUCUAUCCCCAGUUUGAGGAAUUUAGAACACCUGGAUAGUGCCCAUCUUAUGAAGGUGGAAAAGGGGUAGCAUUGCAGAGUGGUUAUGGGCAUAGACUCAGGAACCACACUGCUUUGCUUUGAACUCAGCCCUGACACUUACUGGCUGUGCAACCUUGGGUAAGUUACUUAAUCUUUUCUACCCCUCAUUGUAAAAUGAGAAUAGUACUACCUCAUUAGUUUUUGUGGGGGUUAAAUGAAUUUGAAAUAUGUCAAGUGUUUAGACUGUGUCUGCCCAUAAUAAGUACUAGAUGAGUGUUAGAUGUUGUUGUCACUGCCAUCAUAGUCAUCAUCAUCGUCCUCACCAAAGUGCAGCUACAGUGGGAAGCCCACCCCUUCAUAUUUGGAGCAAAUAUGUCCUAAGAGUAAACUCAAAAAUGCAUUUUCCCAUAGAAAUUAUAGUAUAAAUGGUGAUUAGCUGACAUUUAAAUGAUACUAUUAGAACUAUACUUCUGAUGCAUUAUGCAUUAUGUGAACCAUAGAAAGGGGAAAUAUUUCAAGUUCUAGGCACUGGCAGACUGCCUUAUAGAACAGAACCUAUUGGUAACUUGCAAACUACCUAUGUUAGAAUUUUCAACUGAGUCAGGUAUUUGAUGACCAAGUAAACUAGAAAGCAAUGAAGAAUCUUCUAUUUAGUA